AUGGCGGACGACCAGAUCACUGGAGCUGUCGUUGUUUGCACCGGAGCUGAGAACAACGACAGUUCCUCAUGUACGGAGCCCAGACCAUUCUUCGCCUUUCCACUUGAAAUUCGACGCAUGAUCUACAAGAAUUUGCUUAGUUGCGAAGGCGUCAUUACCAACUUGGCAGCUACUACUUUCCACACUGAAAUUAUGCGUACGUGUCGCCAAAUUCAUUACGAAGCACAUCAAGUCCUUUAUGAGGAAAACACAUGGCAUUUCGAGAUCAACAGUUCCGGCUGGAACCCUAGAUAUGAAGAGGACUUCGACAUAGACGAGGAAAUUGCGCUGUUCUUGCGCAGCGGCUCUGGCUUCGAGACAAUCUAUAUCAAGUUCGGCGAUUACUUAAAAGUCUCCAACCAUGAUUAUGAUCUUCUUGCGUUCAAUCCAUGCGAAACAGACUACGGGCUCAGGUUGGAACACAUUCGACGAGUACAAGUUACGGUCAAGGUCAAGCAUGUUUCAGAACAUAAUGCGGCAUGCCGAGCCGUUGUGGAGCUAGUUGUAUCAUUGCAAGCUAUCCUCGACUUGCAGCACCUGGAGGUCUUUCUGGAGGGGCCCGAAAAGUAUGUCCCAGGUUCUCAGUAUUAUGUACUGGAACCAUUUCGCAAGCUCAAAGAUGUCGGCGAAGUCACUUUUCAUGGCAUCAACCAUCAGUACGCCGAGUAUCUCACAAGAAAAAUGAAAGGCUUAGGGCCUGUCAAGUCAUUACCUUACAUGUUCAAAGCGUCUCAGCGAUUGAUGAAAAACGCAUGUGUCUCAGGCAUCGAGUCCUGUAUGAGAAAUGCUGUACGCGAGGGUGACUUGCAACGCUUCAAAGAGCUGCGUACAGAGCUCGUUAGUGAGACUGAGAAGUAUAGGCGCCAUGCGCUCGACCUUCUUUUCGAGUUUGAUGUUGACGAGCAGGGUGCACAAGAGCCGGGCUCUUGGAUAGUACCAAAACCGUAG